GGCCUGUAAGGGAAGAGAAACUUCUCAACAUAUUAGUGAAUAGUUUCUAUUCAAUACGAUCACUAGUUUUUCUCAUUUCGGUAAAGGUUGUGUUGAUUUUUCCGCUUGUAGCAAACAAUUUUUUCAUUACUCAACCUCCGAAAAGUACACAAACAAAACAUAUCAUGGUACAGAAUAUUGUAUCUGAUAAUACGUUCAAGUAAGAAUUAUCUGUUUAUUCGUUGCACAGUUGGAUAUCCUUCACAUCAUAUAGCCAGAAGGAUAAUUUUGCAGAAGUGACGCAGAAGUCACUACUUGCAAGACCAAUGAAGCCAAACAAUCUCUACGGAGAUCCGAAUCCAUCUAUCCAGACAUUGAAUGCCAGAAAAAUGGUCGAUCAACAACUCGGUGGAGAAUCCUCAAGCAAAGAUUGUUCUCUUUCUGUCGAUCCUUCUAGCAAAUGUGCAUUUGAUCAUUUGACAAAGUCGCAAGCUUCUGCCGCUGCUUGCCUCCCUGGAUCUAUUGACUGGCAAUCGGUUGACGAACGAGGCUCCAAACUUUUGGAAGACUCAGACAUCGAGAUGGAGAUGGAAGUUGCAGACGAUGAAAAAAUUGGUGGGGUUGUUGAAAGUGUUGAACCGCGAGUUCGAUUUCCAGUAAUGACACAAGGAAUUUUCAAUUCCGUGGCCAUUACACAACUACAAGAUGAUCUUGAGCAGACCAAGAGUGAAGUUGAUAAGUUGCGAGCAGCAUCUGCACGAUCAAAGGAUGAAAUUACUCUGCCAAAAAGAAUGAGUCUUUCGCAAUUGAUGGAGAUGUUUCCAGAAGUGGGAGAUCAGAUCGAUUCCAAGCUGAACCAGAAGUUGAGUGAUGCUCGCAAAGAAUACGAGAUCAAACUUAAGAAGAUGCAAGAUGAACAUAAUGAUGAAGUUUUAAGAAUGGGAGCGGUUACAAGCGAGAAAGAUUCGAAGUUACAGAAAGCUGAAGAAAAGUUAAAGAUGGUGCGCCAGAGAUAUCUAUAUGAGUCGUUCGAUGAUGACUUGGCUGAUAUUCAAGACUCUCACUGCUCUUCAAGAAACAAUACCAAUGGCAGACAAGACCUACCUCCAUUGGCACAAGGUGUCAACUAUCAAGCUCCACCAGCGUUUGCUUUUGGUUCUUAUACCCCCUCACAAAUCCUUUCCAAAAGAACGGUCUUAAAAACCCUUUCCAAAGCAACAGUCUUACAAAUCCUUUCCAAAACAUCGAGUUGGCAAACGGCAAUGUCAAAAAAAGAGGACGCGGCAAGCCUUUUCAACCCGAACUGGGCAGAGAUGUCAAGAGAGUGAAGACAGAGCAGUUUGAUAAUUAGAGAGAAGGCUGUAUCAAACGAAGGAGAGAAGAAUUGUAACGAUCUGGAGGAAUACCUAUAUCAGGGAGGUCAAUAUAGUGUGAAAACACCAUUCUCAGUUGAUCUAAAUCAGAAGUUUGGAUACUUGUAUCACCGAGAGGAUGGUUCCUGUCGACUUCAAACCCACAUUUGAUUAUAUAUCAUUUGCAAAGUUUGAACUUUGCAGAGAUUAUACAGCUGGGCCCAGUGAAAGGUUAAUGUUUCGGGAAGUGGGAGAGUUUAAUGGAUGCGUAGGUCUUCGAGAACGAGGAAUCUUCUAGCUUGCCAACGUACAUAAAAGUGGAGGAUUAUUUGAUCCAGAUUGGGGUAAUUUGGCGACUUAGUUGAAGCUUCAUCUGUCUUUGCGUCCGAAAAGCUCCUUCAAUGUCUCAAUCAGCACAACAUAAUCAAGUCCUAGAACUCUAUCA